ACGCGCUGUUUUCUGUUCCCCGGGGCCACAGUGUUUUCAACGGGACUCAACUUCGCUGCUCACUGGACCCGCUAUGGUUGCUUGACCCGGGCUGAAACUCCAUCCGUCUGCUUCCAUCUUGCCCCGAAAACCAUUCGUACGAACUUUUCUGGAUAAACUUUUGGACUUGUUGGAUCAGUUUUAUGUCCAGAACCAAGGAUGCAACCCCCACCGAGAAAGGUAAGGCUCACCCAGGAGCUGAAGCACACUCAAGCCGAGCAGAUGAGCCAGUUACAGAUAAAACACCAGACAGAAUGUGACCUGCUGGAAGACCUGAGGACCUUCAGUCAGAAGAGGGCAGCGGUGGAGCGGGACUACGCCCAGGCUCUACAGAAGUUGGCCAAUCAGUAUCUGAAGAGGGAAUGGCCGGAGAUCGUUGCAGAAAAACCAGCAGAUCACCGGAACAUGUUCUGUGUGUGGAGAGCGUACCUGGAGGGCACCGUCCAGGCCACGCAGUCCAGACUCAGCGCCUGCGAUAACUACAAGCUUCAGGUCGCAGACGCAGCCAAGACGGCACGGCUGCAGAAGGAGCAGCAGCUCAGGAAGUGCAUCGAGCAGCUGACGGUGAUCCAGGCGGAGCUGCAAGACUCGGUGAAGGAGCUGAGCAAGAGCAGGAAGAAGUACCAAGAGGCUGAGACCAUGGCGCAGGCCGUCCGGGAGAAGACCGAGCUCGAGGCCAAAUCAAAACUAAGUCUCUUCCAGUCGCGCUCCAGUCUCCAGAGGGCCAGUGUAAAGCUGAAAGCCAAGAGGAGUGAAUGCAACUCAAAAGCAACUCAUGCCAGAAACGACUAUCUUCUCACCCUGGCAGCCUCCAACGCUCACCUGCAGCGCUACUACAGCGCAGACCUCCUGGACUGCAUCAAGGUGUUAGACGGUCGAAUCUACGAGCAGGUUAAAGAUUACCUGGUCUCACUUUGCCACACCGAGCUGGAAACGUACCAGGCGGUGCACGACUCCUUCAGCCACCUGCUGAGCAGCUCAGCCGAGCUUCUCCAGGAGUUUCACCAGCAGACGUUUGUGCAGAAGAAUCCUAUGUUUCAACAAGCCUCAGAUUUCCUGUAUCAGCCCGUUGACUCAGAUAAGGUGAUGGAGCUGCAGAAAGAGAGCGGAACAGCCGAGGAGCACAGCCUGGAUAAAGAGGCGAGGAAGUGGGCAAGCCGCGUAGCACGAGAAUACAAAAGCAUUAUCCACACACAGAGGGCCCUGGAGGAGUACGGGAAUCAGGAUUCGUCUGAGCAGAGUGGCGGCGAGGCGGAGACCAAGAUGGAGGUGGCCCGGCAGAGUCUCCGGCGGUCAGAGACUGUGAAAGUGAAGGCUGAGGCCCGUUUGGACCUCCUGCGGCAGGCGGGAGUUGCUGUGGAAACGUGGCUGAAGAGCGCGAUGAACCAGGUGAUGGAGGAACUGGAGAACGAACGCUGGAACAACCUCAAUACCCAUGAUCCUUCGCUCUCUGGAACUGCUGAUCUGGAGCGGGAAGACGAGGAGGAGACAGAGGACAGCGGUGAGGUGUUGGACGACAGCAGCUCCAGUCCCUCCAGCACCCUGAAGAACUAUCCUCUCACCUGCAAAGUGCUUUACUCCUACAAGGCGUCUCAGCCAGAUGAACUAACCAUCGAGGAACAGGAAAUCCUGGAGGUCAUCGAUGAUGGAGAUAUGGAGGACUGGCUCAAGGCCAGGAACCGCAGUGGACAGGUCGGUUAUGUCCCAGAAAAAUACCUGCAGCUGCCGUCCUCCAACAGCCUGCUGAGCAUGCUGCAGUCCCUGGCCUCGCUGGACGCCCGCUCCCACUCCUCCAGCAACUCCACCGAACCCGAGACCGAACUGUCCGCCAGCUCCAUCAACGGAGACUCCAGCGUGUCGUUUGCGAAGGCUCUGUACGACUACGCUGGUCAAACGGCCGAAGAACUUUCGUUCCCCGAAGGCGCCAUCAUCCGCAUCCUGAGCAGAGAGACUCAUGAGGACGACGGUUUCUGGGAGGGGGAGUUUAACGGCGCCGUCGGCGUCUUCCCUGCCGUCCUGGUGGAAGAUCUCACUGGAGUCAUCGAAAACGGAGACGGACAUAAAGAAGUGCUGCAGGCUUCUCCCUCGGCCGCGGCUCACAGCGACCGCUCCCCCUGCAGCUCCUUCCAGGCAGCGCCUCUCCACAGCAGCCCCCUGCAGACUCCCACCGCCGCCUCUCCUGGGUCCAGUCCGUGCAGCGCCGCAGCCUCUCCCGUUGGCCGGCCGCCAUCUUACCACAACGGACACCACCGGCCUCCGCCGGCGCCACACAAGAGCCCGUAUCACAGUCCAGUUCAAGGAUCCCUUCAACCUCCUAAAUACCCGGAGAGCGGCGCUGGCAGCAUCAGACCUGUCCGUGCAGCUCCUCCUCCCCCAAAGCAGCAUCCUCGCGGCCAGGUGAAGCGCCGGGAGGAGGUGGAGAUCACGCUGGUGUGAAACUGCUCCGACACAGACACCCCCAAAUAAACCGGAGGAAGCUUGACGCCCUGAGAGCCUGGAGACGUCUGAAACCUCAGCGGGUCGGAAUAAUGUGCCUUUAUCGUCUGUUUUUCCUGCUCUGUGUACACAAACGAGGAACAUCACCUGCUUUAUUUGUAUCUGGAAUAUUUACGUUACCAAAAAAAUGACAUUUACUCCUGGUAAAUUAAGGGAAGUUAACAGAAAAGGGAACAACUCGUAGGCAGCAGAGUGGAUUGCACUUUAAGAAACAUUUUUGAAGCUACAUUGACUUCCUGGAGGUGAUUAGCUCCACAUAAUUUACUGAUUUUCAGUAAGUUUGGCCUCAUUCAAACCAGUAAAUUUACAAUAACUAUCAAAUGCAGAACAAGCAUUUACCAUAAAGCUCAUUAGAAAAACAAACUUAAUUCCAUAAUGUUGAUUAUGUUUUAUCUUUUCAGCUUUUAAUAAUUUAAAUUGUUGAUUAUGAUGAUAUGUGAUUUAUAUUUGCAUCCUUAUCUUGUGUCUGGAAGUGCGCAGUCGCUUUUAGAUUCAACACAUAAAGUCCAUGGAAAACGUUGAAGUUCGUAAUUAAAAAUGCGGCUUAGUUGUCAAUAUUUUUUUUCAGUGUAACAGAAAAUUCUAGAUUCUCACAAUACUUUGUGAUUCAUUUCAUUUUCAAAUUUCUUUAAAAAAAAAAAAAGUAAGUAUUUAAAUGCCAGCAUGGAAAUGAGUCCAUAAAGAGUGUCUCGUUAAAAUGGUAGUUUUCUCAUUGGAAAAAAAGAAAAUCUAAUAAAACAACAGAGUUUUCUUGUUAAAACAAGAAAAAUAUUAAGACAAAAAAGGUUUUCUCCAUAAAAUGAGAAAAAGAUGUCAAAUAAAUGGCACUUGUCAAAAGUAGUAAAAAUAUUAUAAUGUGAGUUUUGUUGUUAAAAGAAGAAAAAAAUGUUGAAUUGAAAUACUUUGACGCUGUAACAAGACAUAAAAAAUACAUUCCUCUGACAAAAUUCUUGUUUAAAAGAUAUUUUAGUUUUAUUAAGAUUAAAUAAAUCUUGUAUUAGUAGUUUGGAUUUUUAAUAUUGAUUAAACCAGAAUGUUUUUUCGUUUACAACAGAUUUUGCACAGGAAUUUCUUUCCUGGCAGUGAAGAGCUUCCGUACUCAACUAAUGAAUAUCAGAGGCAGAGUUCAGCUGCUGACGCUAAUCACCUCCUGGCUUCAUAUUCAUUUGUUUUCCUGCUGAAAAAGAAGAGAUAACUUCCCCACUGUCCAUCUUUUCAACCCCAAGCUGAUUAAUACUGUGAUAAACAUUAAAGUUUUAUUCAUUUUAUGGAUAUUUUGAGGACAUUCAGGCUUUUCUUGGCCAAAACCAUGUUUUUAAAUUCUACUUUCAACUUAGUUUUAUUUUUCAAAGCACAAAUCAGAUGGAACUGAUUCCAAAUCUGUCAGAAAAUUAAAUAACUAGAAUAUCAUCCUCAUUUAUUUUUUUAUUGAAAUAUGUUAAAUGUCACACUUCUCUAUCUUACAGAUUCAAAUUAUUUUUUUACAUAUUUAUGCGCCCAGUCAGAGCAAUUCAGAGCGAUCUUUCGCUGAUCGUUUUUUGGCGUUCCUGAUAAACUAGCAGCCUCCUGAUCACAUGACCCGCCCAUAAAAUAAAACUCUCAUCUGAUCCCGACUCCAGCACGGCCGAGGCCGGCCCUCUCCGCCUUUAGCGCAUCGUAACUGCAUACGGUUACACCAAGGGAAAAGUGGCAAUUCUGUUUGUUUUUCAGAGACUUCCGCUUUGAUUUUUUUGUUUUAUUUUUUUUUUUAUACCCUUGUUUUCGCUUUAGAAGCAGUUUAAGGAAUGCUGUAGCGUAAACACACAGUGUAACGUCUUGUUGUUUUUGUGUCCCGACGUCCAGAUUUAGAUGUUUUUGCGAUGUUCGGGAUGUCUUCGCAGUCUGAGGAAAGAAAAUCUGGAAUAUGAUUUCAGGAUUUUUCAUUUUUGGAAAAGUGAAAAAAUAAGAGGAAAGAAAAAAAAAUCUCCAGACUUUGUUCCCUAAAUGUUCAGCUUCCUUCCUUCCUUUUUUAUGUCCUUAAUCUCAACCUUCUGUCUUUGUCCCUUUUUUCCUUCCUUUUGUCAACUUUCCUUCCUUGCUUCCCUCCUUCGAUUCUUAAUUCCAUCUAUUCUUUUCCAUCCUUAAUGGCUUCCCUUCCAUCCUUCCUUAUGUCCUUUAUUCCUUCCUUGCAUCCAUUCUUCCCUCAUUCCCAGAUUUCUUCCUUGUAUCCUUUUUCUCUUCCUUUCUUUCUUGUAUCCCUUCCUUUCUUAUGUUUUUAUCUUUAAAAUUAUAGGAAUUAAAUCUGGAGUUCCUUUUCAAUGGAAACCAUUCAGAAACUCUGCAGAUCAUUCAGAUUGUUCCAUCUUAAUUUCUUUUACCAUCUGGGAGUGUUAGCCACCGCUAGCAGCUACUAGCUGCAGAUGCUAGCAGGUGCUAGCUGUCCCGUUUCAUAGCGAAGCACUUUCUUCACGUCUUCUUGUUCCCUCUCAGUAUUGUUGAUGUUUGAGGUUUGUUUGAAAGCCGUAUUCGUAUAAAAGCAUUUAUUUUAUCAGCUCUUUGUGUUAUUUAGCCUUAAAUAGCCACCUUAGUGUCUUUACAGCUUCUGUUUUUGAAACAUGAAUAGUUUACAGAAAACUUGGAGAUGGAUAUCUGUAAAAAAUAA